CUCAUGCGAGAUAUUACCUUAGGAGGAACAUUAAUACCCAGAUGAAAGCUAUGAAUAACAGUUCAAAAUCUUUUUUUAGUGUAGUAAGUAAAGAGUGGAAUCAUUUAGAAUCUAAGUUUCAACUUUGUAAACCAAAAACAAUGCGAGAGCGUUUAAAAUCGAAGUUUUUGAAUUGCCGCUUACUUAAAGCAUUUCCAAAGGAGCUUUCUUUUCCAUCUAGGACUGCUGAAAUACACUUUAUGAGACUGAAGUACGAUAAUCCUCCUUUGAAUAGUAAUCUGUUUAAAAGGAAGUGUGUUUCUUCUCCACUUUGUCCUACCUGUCGCAUCAACGAAACGAUACAACAUUAUUUAUUAGAUUGCACUGUUUAUAAACGGGCAAGAAGACAAAUGAGGAAGAAAUUGAGCUUUCUAACUCAGUUUGACGUUAAGACAUUGCUAUUGUAUGAGACUGAUAGAAAUGAAGAUCAGAGAUUGACUAUUUUCAAUUCGGUCGUUGAAUUUAUUGAGAAGACGAGGCGUUUUUAGUCCUCGACUUUCGCACUGUUCGUUUUCAUUUUUAUUCUUGAUUAUUAUUUAAACUAACCCCGAAACUCUCGAGUGAUUUACCCCUAUCCCUUCUUGUUUUUCCGUAUCUUCUUCACUGCUUUCUUCCAUCUUUUCUUUUUUUUUUCUUUUUCCUUUUACUUAAUUUGCUAUGCGCUGUAUGGCUUCGGCCGCUUGUGCUACUCUCCAUUCUUUAAUAAAGCUUAAACUAAACUAAGGUUUUAUUUGAUGACAAAAAGGUUUGGUUUUUCUUAAUUUAGAUCCUAAACUCAAUGUUCCUGAAAGUUUGCGAAAAGAUUGUCAAUUUAUUAUGCCAUUAAAUUUACCUUGUUUUAUAAAAACUGAUGCUGGGUCUUCGUCAUCACAUUCGCGCGCCGAUCGUCAAUCAACAUUUAUAUUGAUAAGGAUGUUAUGUGAAUUAAAUAUUAAACUUGAAGAUUAUUUGAAAACAUUUGAUGCGCGUGGUAGACAUUUAUCCGAAACGAAGACGUAUCGUUUGAGUAAUUUAGCCAUUGAUAUUUUGAAUAAUGGUAUUUAUAAAGUGCAUACUGAUUAUGAUAAUCCAUCGUCAUGA